AUGUCCGACAACGCUACAACUACUGCGGCAACGGGGGCCAGCAGUCCUCCUAAUGCUGAUGUCAGUGUCCCACAGGCCGCUGUUCACGACAACAAUGUCGUCAUUGCUGUCGACGACGACGUCGAUGAUGGCUUAUCAGUGAGCCACGCAAGUGUUGCUACAUCGACCACGAGUUUAGCAGCUUCAGUCAGGGACUACCGAGUAGAGAAUGGGCGGACGUACCAUGCAUACAAGGACGGGAAAUACCUCGUUCCCAAUGACGAACAGGAACUCGAUCGACUUGACCUGCAGCACGAGAUUUUCCUCCGCUCAUUCGACAAUCGGCUCGGAACUGCACCCCCGAACGACCCGGACGCAAAGGUUGGACGGGUCCUCGAUGUGGGCACUGGGACCGGUCUCUGGGCUAUUGAUUUUGGCGAAGAGCACCCCGAAGCUGAGGUCCUGGGUAUCGACUUGUCUCCACCCCCGAGUUCAUUCGUGCCACCAAAUGUUCGAUUUGUGGUUGAUGACGCUGAAGAACCUUGGGAGUACUCGCAGCCUUUCGACUAUAUCCAUAGUCGACUGAUGACUGGUAGUAUCAGAGAUUGGAAAAAAUACGUCAAGAACUGCUUUGAGAACCUGGCUCCUGGAGGUUAUCUUGAGCUUACCGAAGGAGACGUCAUCCCAGUCUCAGACGACGGCACACUUACCAAAGACACCUCCAUUGUGAAGGCUGUCAGCUUGUGGACUCAAGGGAUGGCUCUCUUGGACACACCGUUUGAGGCUGUUGGACGCCUCGAAGGCGUUAUGAAGGAUGCCGGGUUUGAAGAUGUCCAAGUCAAGCGCUUCAAGUGGCCAACGAACAGCUGGCCCAAGGACCCAAAAUACAAGGAGCUGGGUAUGUUGAAUUACGAGAACAUUUCUCCUAACUGGGAGGGUUUCCUUAUGGCUCCCUUAACUCGGGCCCUGGACUGGACGAAAGAGGAGGUCUUGGUCCUUGCGAUGGGGGCCCGCAAGGACACUGCCAACAGGAAUAUCCACGCCUAUUACCAGAUGUGGUCCAUCCACGGAAGGAAGCCCUUGAAAACCGAGGAAAACUAA